AUGUCUUCAACCCGCCAGCUCCCUCUGCCAAGCUUUGUUGCGCCACCAGCAAUCAACAGAGGGCAAUCUCAUCCGGGUACCAAGGCUUCAGCAAGCGGUUUAUCGUCCAUGCAGUUGCUUGGCUCAGGGCAACCGGCACGAUCUACCCUACAGAUUGCGGAGUAUUCAUAUGUGGCCGGCAAAACAAGGAUAUCCACAAACCUUCUCUCAAGUGCGCAAGAGGCCGUGGUCGUUCCUCUCAAACUAUCAUCUUGCUUGUUCAUAGCGGUCGCCAGCCAUUCGUUUUCGAAGCCGCCUCAUGCACUACCGCCAGAGCAGCCUCGAGCAUCUCGCACCUGCAGCAUGUUCAGCCGCAUCACCACUGCCCAGCCCGCUAAUCACGGUACGGAGGUUGCCAACUCUCCAGUUCAUUAUGCCCGCUCCGCCCGAGAAACACAUUCGGACACUGUGGAGCAGACGUUCCCCAGCUUCAGGAACCUCCGGGCUGUCGGCGCUAUGGAGAUUCGACAAAGCCUACUCCCUUGCGCCAUCCCUUGUCCGACAAGCCCUGUGGACAAUUGUACAGUGCAUUACUGGGAAUAUUUUUCUGGCAGAAAGACUUUUCCACCCGAACGGUCAGCUAUCCAUAUCAAUCGCAGUACCCGUACUGUUAGCUUUCACCCUUUUCCACACAACACCGGGUAUAUCAAUCCAGGGUCGCAAAAGGCUGUUUUCGUUGCCCAAACACGACUUGGGUAUAUCCAAGUGCUUUUCCAGCUCCCAAAGGUGACAGUUCGGCUCUCUAAUGGAGCGCCAAAUCGCCCUGGGAGAGGGUGCUUACCCCUCCAGCUCCGAAAGGUGACAUUUAAAUCGCUCCUGGCUUUGGCCGUCGCGCAAGGGGACCUCUCCCCUAAUAAGAAAAUGCGGACGUAUCUCCUGCCGCUACAGUUGAGAGCGGAGAGAGCUCCAUUGUGGGCGCUACCAGCCUCGUACGCGCUUGAUGUUUUCGCCACCCAGGACGGCCCUUCCGCAUCGUAUUGGAUUCCAGUUGCGAGAUUCUCCAAGAGGCGUCCCUCAUCAGACGCCAUACCCUAUCAGACGCCACCAAAGCGACAGCGACAACGGCAACGAGCCGAGCGCAGUGCGGUCGCCCGGGCCAUCAAUGACUCUUCUGUCUCGUUGAAGUGCGGUCCCUCUGCAAGUCGAGAAACGCUCGCCCACAGGCUCUACCAUCCACGUCCUCAUUCGCUUUGA